AUGAUCAGAAGAUCACUUGUGCUGUUCAAUGCCGACUCAGGUGCCCUGAAACGCCGUCUGGAGCAGCUGGCUGAGGACGCGCGUCCCGUAGCCGACGAUCCACGGGCAGGCGCGAUCCCGGACGCCUUGCCCGUGGAUCUGCCCAAGUUGCGGUCCAAGCUAGAUCAAAUCGAAAACCAGAACUUCGACCACCAAUACCAGAGAGAAAUCGGCUACAGCAAAAUCCCCACGUAUGCGGGCAAGCAAGAGCGAGAGAUUGCGAGCUCCAAAGUGUGGACGGGCAAGGAGUCUGUCUACGAUGCGUCGCUGAGAAUGCUCAGCGACAAGUACAAGCCGAUGCCCAAGGCAAACGUGCGGCAGAGGCUCCACAACGCCCGCGACGGGGCCCUCGACUACCAACUGGACAAACUAUCCGACAAAACCAAAGCCAAGCCCGAGGACGACCAGUUUGCCGAAAUGUACAGAGAGCGACUGUUAGGCCCUGCGCAGUUUCUUGGGGACUCGUUCGCGUCUGUAGACAACUCUGUGCGGUCGCUGGCCGACCAGCGGAUCCAGGAAGCGCAGCGGCGCGGCGAGUUCCGUAAUCUUCCCCGGGGAAAACCGCUUCCUAGAGACUACACCAGCAAUAACGCAUUUAUUGACCGCACAGAAUACCAUUUGAACAACAUACUGAAACGGCAGGAGGCCGUGCCGCCGUGGAUCGAGAAACAGGGCAGUGUGGAGGCCCAGAUCCGCCAGUUUCGGCGCCAGCUCGACUCCGAUUGGACACUACAGGCGGUGCACAUUGUUUGCGAGAAACACUCGAGAGAAAGCGACGCGGACAAGAUCAAGAUUAUGAGCCAGUACGCACAGGCGGAGCACAGCGACGGCCCGUGCCAUAGGAAGCUGCGCAGCAGCCAAUGGGAACAAAAAUACACCAAGUAUCUGGACGUCAAAUUAAAAGCGUUGAACGACAGCAUCCGAGGUUACAAUCUGCAGGCUCCUUUGGCGUCGCAGAAACUGUAUCUGCGCGCAACCACGGAGCUGGAAAAAUGCUACCGGCGGUGUGCGGAACAUCUGGAGGCGGCGAUCAAGAGACACCUGCUGGGCUCCUCGAUAACCCCGAGAUCAGACCGGGUUCCUGGGUAUCGGGAGGUGAGGCAGCGGGACAUCCGUCAGGUGUACCAGGCGCCGACCGAGAGUCUCGGGAAACAGCUGCUCGACAUGUUCCGCUGGCGGCGCAAGGACGAAUGA